AAGAUUCAAUUUAGUCACUCAUCGAACAACGAAAUGAACAAAGUUCUGUUACGGAUAUUUGCGGUUCUGUUUCUGCUGGGAUCGCUGGGAUUACUGGCGGUGGAGGCCCAGCCAGAUGGUCGAAUUGUGGGUGGUGCAGAUACCUCCAGUUACUAUACCAAAUAUGUGGUUCAGCUGCGCAGGCGCAGUUCCGCGAGCAGUGCCUAUGCCCAAACCUGUGGCGGUUGCAUCCUGGAUGAGGUGACCAUAGCCACUGCAGCCCAUUGUGUCUACAAUCGCGAGGCGGAGAACUUCCUGGUGGUGGCCGGAGACGAUAGCCGCGGAGGAAUGAAGGGCGUGGUGGUGCGAGUGGCGAAAUUGAUCCCACACGAGCUAUACAAUGCCUCGAUCACGGAUAACGACAUUGCCCUGGUGAGGGUGGAUCCCCCGCUGCCCUUGGCCAGUCACUCGAGCACAAUGCAAGCCAUUGGUAUCGCCACGGAGCAGCCGGCUGUGGGUGUCCAGGCCACCGUCAGUGGUUGGGGCUACACCAAGGAGGACGGGCUGUCCUCCAAUCAGCUGCAGCAGGUCAAGGUGCCAGUUGUGGACAAAGCUAAGUGCCAGGAGUCCUACUACUGGCGACCCAUCAGCGAGGGCAUGCUCUGCGCCGGCUUGCAGAAUGGUGGAAAGGAUGCCUGCCAGGGAGAUUCCGGAGGACCUCUGGUUGUCAACAACAAACUGGUUGGCAUCGUUUCCUGGGGCGAAGGAUGCGCGAGGCCCAACUAUCCCGGAGUCUAUGCCAAUGUGGUUCACUUUAGGGACUGGAUAGCCAAGCAGCAAGCAGCCAAUGUGUGAUUCACCGUAAAAAUAAUGUUGUUAUAUUAAAUAAAUAAAAGUGUAAAUAUAAUACUGUA